AUGCGAGCCCUCGAGAUUAACGAUCAUGUCGCCGUCAAAAACGAUCCAAGCCUCUAUGGCACUGUCCAGCGCACAAACACCGACUCGUAUGAGCCUUUGGGGGAUGAGUUAAUCAUCGCUCACACCCACAUCCCACCCGGCGUCCUUAACGAAUUUGUCGUCAAAGGCGUGCCGCCAGAGGGCUAUGUCUUUGUCCAAUUUGCGGAUGAAGCUGCUGGCAGUUCAUUGGUGAGCGAAGAUGAUCUCAUAUUGUUGAGCCGUGUCUUUCAACUGGGAGAUACCGUCAAGCAAGAUGGGAAUUCCAUGACCGGCGCAGUUGUCAAUAUCUCAGAAUCCUACACAUUGGAGCCUAUCACAACAAAACAAGAUUUUGCGAGAAGUCUUGACCUCAAUGUGUUUGAGUCCGUCAAGUGUUCCCCCGAAUGCGGAUCUCUGUUGCCUCCACAGUUCUCUCAUCCGAACCCGCACACCCUGAUUCAUGAUGUUCCCUCAACAGAACUGAAAAGAGCGCAAGAUCUGAUCAAGGAUGACUACAUAAUAUCUGGUGACUGGCUGGGUCUGGCAGACGACGUGAUUUAUGAUGUCGUGAUUCGUCUGGAAGACAAGUCGAUUGUGGUGGUGACUGGCUUGGAUGGCCUUCACAUCCCCGUCCCUGACUAUGGAAAGCCCCUUGUUGCAUUACCGGAGCCCGAUGGAUUUAAAAGACCAGACGUCCUUGUGGCUACACAAGGCUGGUCAAGCACAAUCCCCGUACAGAUGCCACGGCCCGGGUCUUUUGUCAUUGUGGAUCGGACUGCCCUCAGACAUGGACGGUGGCUGGAAGGUUCAUACAAUGCCAACUGCCCUGUGCAAGGUUACGUGGUGGACAUCCGAGCCCAUAAGUUCUGGGUGGACUGGGUCGAUCACAAUCCCGUGAUAGGGUGGCCGCGGACGUAUGAUAACUCCCCACCCCUUGAUCUUUACCUCUAUGACAGCAUUCGAGACCCCUACGAGCGGCCCGGGCUGCGACCGAAGCAGAACCUUUGCGUCUAUGAUAGAGGGGUGAUGCCGUCCAAAUCUGCAAAGCAAGAGAUGUCUGGCACCGAAGCCGGAAUCUCUCACCCAGUAUCGGAGAACACCCAGGAUGUCUGCCCAGGGCAAGACAUAGCAAUCGGUGUUAACGUGAAGUUCCGAGAUCCCGAAGGUGCCGCGGUGAAAUAUCAGGGCAGCGAAGAAACAGGACACGGCAAGUUUGUAAGAAUUCCUGCCGAAGACUCUGGAGGUUGGGACGUAAACGAAUUCAAAGUGGUCUACAUCAAGCAACUCGCAACGGUUCUGUGGCAAGACGGAAGCACCACCACGGUAGAUUCGACUCUACUUGAAGAAUAUGGCCUGUUCGAGUCCGAGCUGGCACCGAAUGAUAUCGUGUUGAAACGGGAAGGCAUGCGUCAGAGGCCCGUUGGGGUGAGCCGAAGGGCCAAGAACAGCGUGAAGGAGUUCAACGAGAUGACCUUUUUCGAGCAGCCUCACGACCUUCUGCCUCGAAAUGUUGGUGUUGUGCAAUCCAUCGAUCCCAACGAAAGAAUUGCCCGAGUUCGCUGGUACAAAGAACCCAAAAUCGAGCUCCGUUCGUCAGGCCAGAUCCUUUCCCCGCAUUCAUCCUUUGGACCCAUCGGAGACGAGAUAGAAGACGUAUCUCUGUACGAGAUCAUGUCUUUCCCGUGUCUGCAGCGUCAAAGAAGGGAUUUGUGUACAAUUGCUCCUCCAGAAGCUGCGAACCAUCCUGAGAGCCCCGACGCCUCAGGCACCUCGGCAACUGCAACUUCGGAGAGUGCCAGUGUGCAAAGAAUAGCAGGAUUCAGCUCAAGGAGAUCUGCCAGAGCAGUGUACAGUGGAGUAUCUGGUGGCUCGAACAGGCAGGCCACGGACGUCGCAAGAGCAGAUGCUCAGAUUGACUGGUUUGGUGAAAUUGUGGCUAUGGGGUUCGAUGGAUCGAUCACCGUCCGAUUGGGAGCUGCGCAGCCGUGCCGCGACGUCCGCAUCGAGUUUGACUCCAUCGCAAGUCUCAUUGCAGAUCGCGGAUCGGCGGCAGACAUGAGCGGCGACAUGAUGGAUGUGGAUUCCUGGGGUGACGACGCCUCAUUCUUCUCCGACGACGAAAGUGUGGAACCCAUUUCGGAAAGCAUUGAAUACGAGGGCGGUGAACGGCUGGACAACGACAGCGGCGACGAUAACUGGGAGUCUGAUGAAGACGCAGCGUUGACCGAUGCUCAUGAAGAACAGGAAACGGGAGAUACUGAAAUGGUAGACGCUGUUGAUAAAUACGACGAUACACCGCCAUCAGCCAAGCCGCAACCAUCGAUCCUGCAGCUCCAUUCUGCAUUACCCAUGGAACCACCGCCCCAAUUCAUGGUCCUUGACCGUCAGCCUCCGCCGGAUCAGUUCGGCUUGCACUCGGCCUCGACGGCAGGGACAUUCCUGAAACGCAUCAUGCGCGAGCACCGUACGCUGUCCACAUCGUUACCCACGGGAGAGAUCUACGUGCGAACAUACGAAAGCAGACUCGACCUGCUUCGAUGUCUGAUCAUCGGACCAAGAGACACACCUUACGAGAGCGCCCCUUUUCUCAUCGAUCUGUACCUACCCGAGGGCUACCCCGAAACUCCUCCCACGGCGCACUUCCACAGCUGGACGAGUGGCCUGGGAAGGAUCAACCCCAAUAUGUACGAAGAAGGCAAAAUAUGCCUGAGUCUGCUUGGGACGUGGGCCGGAAAGAACGAGUGCGAAUCAUGGAGCGAGAAGGCGACCAUCCUCCAGUUACUGGUGUCAUUGCAAGGCCUGGUGUUUGUCAAGGCUCCCUUCUACAACGAAGCCGGCUUUGAGGGAUACGAACAUGAUGGGAAAUACACGCGAGAGUCGGAGCAAUACAGCGAGAAGGCAUUUGUGAUGGCGAGAGCAUUUGCCAAACACGCCAUACUACGUCCUCCGGGGGGCUUGGAGGACGUGGUUGCCUGGCUAUAUGUGCCCCACGAGCUUGCAAGGCCGGAGGAUUCUCUCCUUGCGGCUAUUGUCCAGCGGGGCAAAGAGUUGAUCGAGAAGUCGGAGGAGGCAAGGCGGGCUGGAGAUGAUCGGCUCUUGGACUCGGCAGGCGGAACAGACAAUGACACCCGAGUGUUUCUAAGACCUCUCAGCCGCGGAGCCGCUGUCAUGCUCAAACGGACGAUCGCGGAAUUGCAGGAGCAACUAGACCAAUUGUGCGCCGCCAAUGCAGCUGAGACCGCGGCAUAA